AUGGCGGAUGAGGAGGCCGUCGCAUCAGAGGAACCGUCUUCUCGCCGCUCCGGCAGCCGCAUGCAGAGAGCGAAGCAGCAGCUGAAGAUUGGGAAGGAACGCAUCAUCCACUCGCUGAGUGGCUCGAAAAAGACCAAAGCACAUCCCCGCCGGGUGGAGGGCGACGAGGAGGACAGCGCGGACAGAACAGGCCCUAACACGGCUUUUUUCUCUCCUCCAUCCUUUCAGCUAACUCAAAUUAUACACGACAGCCACUGCUUUAUUCCCAGACAGGGCCACUGCUGCGUCGCUGGAGGCGGCGAUUUCCUCAUUUUCGGGGGUAAAGACGCAGAAGGAGAGCUCCUCAAUGAUUUUAUACGCUACAUUCCUGGUAUCAACGCUUUUGAGCCUAUGAAGAAAGUUAGAGGCCAGACACCUGUUCCCCGAAUGGGUGCCACGAUGGUCACCUGGGUGAACCCAAAGACGAAUAGAGAGCACGUCUUUCUGUUUGGUGGCAAGGGCCCAGGAGGGGAACUGGCAACGGGCAGCCUUUAUGAUCCGGGUGCUCGGACGUGGACUAUCGUCGCCUCGACCAAGAAGCCGCCAAAGAGGGCUUUCCACAUUUCAGUUGUUUUCGACAAAGUGUUUGUGCAUGGGGGUCAAAGCGGCGAAAGCGUCCUGGAUGACAUGUGGGUAUGGGACGGCGAGGAAUGGAGUGAAGUGCAGUACGACAAAGACACAGAAAGCAUGCACAACUCUUGCGUAUUCGACUCGAAUUGGGUUAUCAUCAGCGGGGGUUACAGCGGAGGCUGGAUAUCCAACUAUGUGCUAUCCGACAUGUACACUUACGACCUGCAAGCAAACUGUUGGUUCACCUUGGAGAUGUGCGGGAUGAAGUCCAACACCUGCCUAAUGCAUCUCGUGUUGCAUGUCCCCACCCGAACAGUGUUUUCUUUUGGCGCGCAAGACACCGAGACAGGCACCGGUCCUGUUUCCUCGGACGUGUAUCGCUUGUCUCCGUUGAUUACAUACGUCAGCUUUGCCUCCCUGCGCAACCAAGUGGAGAGCAUGAACGAAGUCAUCAACCUGAGCUUCGACUCGCAGAGCGAAGGCGUCGGGAGGGCUAUCCGCAAGGUGGACGCCCUGAUGAAGCGACUAGAGACAGUGGAAAGGGAAAUCGAGGGGCUGCGCACCGCCAAUGAGUAUCUCACAAAGCAGCUGGAGGCUGCGCAGGGAGUCGAAGCGAAGGGAAUGGCCAUUGAAGGUACUUUGUUGGACUCCGGCUCUGCAAUAAUACACACAAACGAAAAUUCUUGA